AUGAAGGAAGACCGCUUUCGGAAGCUGUUCGCCGCCUUUGGCACACUGACCGAUUGUUGCUUGAAGUUCACCAAGGAUGGUAAGUUCCGGAAAUUUGGCUUCAUUGGCUACAAGUCUGAAGAGGAAGCCCAAACGGCGCUGAACCGUUUCAACAGGAGUUUCAUAGACACUUCCAGAAUCACAGUUGAAUUAUGCAAGUCUUUUGGUGACCCUUCAAAACCCAAAGCAUGGAGUAAGCACUCUCAGAAGGCCCCUCCCUCAGAAAAACAGACUGAGAAAUCUGUGGCAAGUGCCGCUCCUGCAGGCACAAAGAAAGAGAAAAAGAAGAAAGAGCCAACAGAAAAGUUAAAGGAGCUGGAAGAAGAUAAGACAUUCCAGGAGUUCUUGGUGGUUCACCAGAAACGGUCUCAGGUAGCCACUUGGGCUAAUGACACUUUGUCAGAGGAGCCCAAGAAGGGAAAAUCAAAGCCAGCGGCUGAUUAUCUCAACUUUGAUUCAGAUGAGUCUGAGGACCUGAGUGAAGAGGAUGGUGGGAAUGAACCUUCUGAAGAUGAGGAGGAAACUAAAGCAAAGAAAGGAGAGAAGAAGGCAGCUACCAGCAAAGACCUCUCGGAUAUGGAUUACCUGAAAUCUAAAGUGGUAAAGGAUUCCUCCUCCUCAUCCAGUACAGAGGAGGAAACAGACAGUGAGGAAGUGGAAGAGGAAAGUGGGAGUGAGGAGGAUUCGGGUAUUGCAGAAGCUGUCAGCACCCCCACAGAUAAAAGGGGGAAGCCAAAAGCCCAACAAAACCAGCAAGAGACACCAGCAGAGAAGAAGAAAAAAGGAUCCACACUAGAGAACCAAGGCAGCUCAGCGGAAGCCAGCACACCGUACACGGUGAAACUUCAUGGUGCCCCCUCGAACAUCACUGAGCAAAAGAUUCGUGAAUUCUUCUUGCCUCUGAAGCCAGUGGCAAUCCGGAUAGGAAAAAGCACCCAGGGGAAAAAUACAGGUUAUAUCUUUGUUGACUUGAAGAGUGAAGCAGAAGUACAAAGGGCCUUGAAGCGAAAGAAAGAAUACCUGGGUGGGCGAUGCGUUGAGGUAUCCCGAUGUGCGAACACCCCAAAAGAAACUGUUACGGCAAAACCUGAUAACCAGCCAUGGCAGAGAAGGAAGAGAGAUGAUGAGGAAGAGGAGGACUUGGCUGAAUCAGGGAGACUCUUUGUCAGGAAUCUUCCCUUUACCAGCACUGAGGAGGACUUGGAGAAGAUCUUUUCCAAGUAUGGACCCCUCUCGGAGAUCCAUUUCCCUAUUGACAGACUGACCAAGAAACCCAAAGGAUUUGCGUUCAUCACCUAUAUGAUUCCUGAGCACGCGGUGAAGGCCUACGCGGAAAUGGAUGGGCAAGUUUUCCAGGGUAGAAUGAUGCAUCUUUUACCGUCCACAAUCAAAAAGGAAAAAAUCGAAGAUGUAGAUGCAGAAGAGUCUUCCUCCUACAAAAAGCAGAAAGAGGCCAAGGACAAAGCCAACAGUGCCAGCUCUCACAACUGGAACACGUUGUUCGUGGGGACAAACGCUGUGGCUGAUGCCAUUGCUCAGAAGUACAACGCUUCCAAAAGUCAAGUGCUGGAUCAUGAGACUAAAGACAGUGUGGCAGUGAGGGUCGCUCUGGGAGAAACCGAGCUGGUCCAGGAAAUUCGUCGGUUCCUCAUUGAAAACGGAGUCAGCCUGGACUCCUUCAGUCAGGCUGCUGGUGAGCGGAGUAAAACAGUGAUCUUGGUAAAGAACCUCCCAGCUGGCACCAGUGUAGCAGAGCUGGAGGAUGUCUUUGGCAAACACGGCAGCCUGGGCCGGGUGCUGCUGCCAGAAGGAGGCAUCACGGCCAUUGUGGAGUUCCUGGAGCCGACUGAGGCCAAGCAAGCGUUCACCAGGCUGGCCUACUCCAAGUUUCAUUCUGUGCCGUUGUAUCUGGAAUGGGCUCCAAUGGGUGUCUUCUUCAGCCCAGCGCCUCUGAAAAAAACCCUUGAGGAUCCAGAAAAGGAUGGCAAAGCACAGCUGGUACCUGAUGGAGAUGAAGCUGUAAAGGGCUCAGAAGAAACAGCAGCACAGGAAGAAGAGGAAGAAGAAGAAGAGGAGGAGGAAGAAGAAAGCAUUCCUGGGUGUACCUUGUUCAUCAAAAACCUGAACUUUGCCACCACAGAAGACACACUGAAGGAGACAUUCUCCAAAGUGGGAGCUGUGAAGAGCUGCACGAUAUCCAAGAAGAAAGACAAAGCAGGCACUUUGCUUUCAAUGGGCUUUGGGUUUGUGGAGUACAAGAAACCCGAGAGCGCACAGAAGGCUCUGCGCCGGCUCCAGGGCUGCUCUGUGGAUGGCCAUAAGCUGGAGGUGAAAAUCUCGGAGAGAGCUGUCAGGCCUGCUGUGAAAUCAUCCCGAAAGAAACAAACUGUCAAGAAGCAGAAGACUUCCAAGAUCUUGGUCCGAAACAUCCCAUUCCAGGCCACUGUCAGGGAAAUCAGGGAACUCUUCAG